AUGGAAAAAAAGCCGUGGAACGAUGACAUUGCCUACGCGAUGACCUUUUACAAGUUCUUAACAUUACCAAUAGGUGUUUGGCCUCUUCAGGAUUACAAUUUUUUUUCGACUGUCCGAUCCAUCGUAACAGUGAUUAUUCAGAUCCUGAUGGUUGUAUUUCAAUGUAAAGAACUUCUUGCUGGCUGUAACAAUAGCAAUGCCAAUUUGGACAGUCUAGCAAUAAUCGCAUGCAAUAUAAUGGCAAUCAUUAAGAUUGGCUGUUAUCGAUUUCAUUUUCGAUAUUUGAUCGAAAAUUAUGAAAAAGCUGUAAGGGAUUAUUUGCAAACUAAAUCGUCGGAAGAUCUUGGAAUUAUGAAAAGACACGCUUUCAUCGGCAGAAGCUUAUGUUCCAGCCUUAUAUGUUUCUCCUACAUUUCAACGUCGAUCUUCAUGAUUGCACCUUUCUUCAUGGGCUCCGAAGAAACAAUUAUAAAUGGUACGAGGAUGAGUCUUCCCAAAACGUUGAGUUAUCCGAUGCCUUCCGAUUGCACUUUGGGAAAUUUCAAUGUUUCUAUUGCACUAUACUGCUUCAUUUCUACGUUGGAUAUCGUAUUGUUGAUUAGUACGUGCAAUGGCAAUGUCGGUAACGAUUGUCUUUUCUUUGGUAUUGUACUACAUGUCUGUGGACAAGUUGAAAUAUUAAAGAUCCAGUUUACACGAUGUAGAUACAAAAAAGGGAUGAAACGAGAGUUUGAAAAUCUUUUAUCGAGAUACAGCGAAUUGUUAAUUUUGGCCGAUUAUCUCGUCAAUACGAUCAGUUUCGUUCUGAUAGCACAGUUAUUCGUCAGUUGUAUACUCAUCUGUAUUAUAGGUUUUCAAUGUAUUUUGGCUCUGCAGUAUUCCGAUAUUUUCAUGUUCACCAAGUCGCUGACAGUACUUAGCACUUUUUUGUUGCAACUACUCAUAUACAGUUACGUCGGAGAAUACUUGAGAAAUCAAAUGGAACAAGUUGGGUAUGCCGCUUAUACAAGUGCAUGGUAUGAUUUUCCAAUAUCUUGGAGGAAGGAUUUGAUCUUCCUUCUGAUGAGAUCUCAACAACUCGUUGAAAUAGCGGCAGCUUAUUUUUUCCCGGUUAACAUGCGAACUUUCAUGAGUAUCGUCAAAACAUCACUCUCAUAUCUAUCGGUACUACGCGUUAUGUUAUUACAAACUUAA